UACUUUUGUUGCACUUGCCGCGGGAGCCAUCUCGGGAGCGUACUUGGUUUGCAGGGGUUGGUUCUCGGCAGCAGCCGCGAGAUUACUUGGUCCAGUGGGCAGGUCACAGGGCAAGGCGUAGGGAAGAUGCGAUGCAUUUUUUUUUUUUUUUUGGAGGGUGAUCUGUGUUUGUAAACACUUUGGCGGACCAGAGGGAAGUCCGGCCCCAAAUGCUGGUGGACUGUGGAAUUCUGUUGUGUCCCGAGGCCACCCCAGAGACCCCACGCCGUGUCGGUUCUGGAGCGCGUCUCAGUGGCCGCCGCGCCGUGCGACUGGAGGGAUGCUAACGUGAAGCGAGCGCAGUGUCUUCCCCGGCGUGGUGCGUGUGUGGGAACGCGCGUGUGUUUCCCUGACACGGGGAACAGUUAUGAAUCGGGGGUGUGUGUUUGCCUCCAGAGACCUGGCAAGGUGCGGAACCCUCCAGAAGUGCGGUCGAGCGGAGGCAGCGGCGGUGGCAGCGGAGACGGCGAGCCAGGAACCUCCCCCCGCGUCCCCAACUUCCCGGUGAUGCGGCGGAACCCCCGGAGAAAGUUUGCAAACUUCCAGCGGGCGCGGCGAGGACGCCGGGUCACCUAGGGGGCGGGCGGGCGCGCGGGGCGCUCGCUCCCUCCCGGUGCCGAGCCUGCUGCUGCCACCUCUCCCGCAGGGCGGCCCGCCGCAGCUGGUGGGCGCGCGCACCCGGGGAGGGGACGUGGCCCUUGAAGGGCACUUGGCUUUCGCCCCAGGCGCGGAAGGCUCGAGAGUGGCGCGGCUCUGUUCGCUUUCACUCCAGCAGUCGUCUCCUGCCUCCGUCCGGUUCUCGCUGGCAUCAUUACCUCUUCCCCGCCGCUGCCCCAAAUGACAGCUCCGGGUUUUGCCGCGGCAGCGCGGUGGCAGUUCCCAGGACCCGGCGGCGGAGCCUUCCUCUCCUGCAGAUUUCUCCACGCAACCACUUAAACUUUUCAUGAAGUUCUUAGAGGGGGCAAAGAGGCGCGAAGGAACCAAGGACACGUUUUCUCCCGGCAGCUGCAUCCCGCUUCUUCUUUGCCAUAGAAUUACUUCCUGGGGGAGGGAGUAUCCGGUAGAUAAAGCCCCAGACCUUGUCCACCCCCUCCCCAACUUUCCCUGAACGGGUGCCACCCCCCACUUGAUGCUCGUUCAAGGCCAGGAACUGGAGUGGGUUGCUUGUAGGUUGCGUUGUCAGAGUCCUCAGAGUGUGUUCGAUUUUUAUUUUUCCCUCCCUCUCUGACAUGUGUCAAGGAAUAAAGGCUGGAUACAGGUCCAUUACGUCAUUCUGCAGGCCAGUAAGUGUUUGAUUAACAGCUUCAGAUACUCAAGAGUUCGGGGUUUAGAAAUGCUGACAAAGCAACUCUGCUUUUCCAACCACCCCCCCCCAACCUCCCCCAGCAGACUCGUACAGUCGCCCAUUCCCUAGGCAUCUUUAUUGCCCUCUCCUCCGGUACCCCUCCUUCUCUACCCCCUCCCCCGCCCACACCGUUAUCACUCUGGCUCCGCCUCUACCUUCUACUGCUUUCCCCGGGGCGAUCACUGUCCCCAGAGUGCGGUAAGAGCUUCUGGGGUCUGAAGGGAGCACAGUACCUGAUCGCCGCACACGCAAUCUGCCCCUUUCUAUUAUUUAAGGAAGGCACCAGCGAGCCCUCUUCCCCAAGGCGCAACUGCUCUGUCCUGAUAGAAAAGGCAUCUCAAGAAAUGUUUAGAGUCGUUAGGAUAAUACUACGUCCCUGUGGUGACUUAGGAAAACCACACACCCACUGCAAAUAAAGUACUUAAUUUUACGCAGCGCCUUCCUCCAACCGUUUAGCGGAAGAGGGAAGGCCAAGAAGUGAGGGUGCUGACUAAAUCAAAUUUAGCUGAACGAAUCAAGAGUUAAACGUUUCGUUUACAAAGCGAGGGAAUGUGAGUCACUGAACCCGAAGUACCUCACAAUAAAUUGGUGGAUGCUUUUCUUUCUCUUAACCUUAAGUUACUAUAUUUGAAGAGGAAAUCUAAAUACAUAAGUCACCGAAUUGAGUCAGAAUCUUAGUAUCUGGCAGUUGAAGUGAAAACACUGUGUGUGACGCGUUUAAGGGAUAAAAGUAAAAAGAACUGGUGGUGGGGGAGGGUGUGUGUGUGUGUGUGUGUGUGUGUGUGUGUGUGUGUGUGUAAGCAGCAGAAAUCAAAUACAAAGAUCUCCUAACAGAGUUUUGGAUUGAGCGGAGCAGAGGAUCUGGGUGCUCUCUGAUUUGAAGUUGGCGGAAGCUAAAUUGAGGAACAUUUAUAUUCCGAGUAUGUGGGAAUUUCUUGAAGAACACACAUGUUUUAUUAUAAUCAGAUCUACUUUCUUCAGGCAGCCAUGCUGCGGGGAAGGCAGUUGUGAAACUUGUGUCUGGGGUCUAAUUGACAUCCUUCCCCAAGUUUGCGGCCGUAUUUAUUAUUUAUUCACCUCUAGAGAUGCAAUAGUAUAACCCCUGCAGAAUACAUGUGCAUCUAAAAUGUGAAACUUCUUGUUUGUGAUGUAUAGACCUCAAGGAAAAAAUGGCCCGGGUCACCAGCACUGGAGAGUGUGAUUAAUGAUCAGUGAUUUAGUGAUCAGUGAUUAGUGGUUUUAUUCAAACUGUUACCUCUGACCAGAAGCACACAUCAGAGGAUUAACAGGCUCUUUAGAUAAAUGCUCAUUAGUGGAAGGGGAAAAGCAAAGAUAAUAGGCAUGCACCCAGGGACAACUUUCGAAGAAAAUCAUUCCCCGUCUUCAGAAUAAUAAGCUCUAUUAACAGAAAGCCCUUUUAAUUUAAAACUUGCUUUUAUCUUGUAAAUCAAAGUUAGAUGUAAAAGUUUGUAGUGCCAUUAUAACCUAAAUUUUCCCAUAUCCACUCGAUGUGGAUUAUCUCAGUAGCGAUAUUUUUUUUUAUUUAAAUAAACAAUUGGACCUUCAGAGCAGCUGAACCCUGACAAGUUCUUAACUCCCAGGGUUUGAAGGUGUCCGUCCCCCCUUCUAGAAUGGAGAGUGCAACUUGCUAGCUAGAUGGCGCACUGUUAUUUCGUGGUGUGUGCGGUGGAGUGCAGGAGUCGCAAGGAGCAAGUAGCUGCUUGCGAGGGGUUCUUCCACACUUCCAACAAAGUUGAUUCUGUGUAGGCUUGGAGGCUAGACAGUUCUACAAGUUUUUAGUCACCUUUUCCAUGUCAGUCAAAUCGGGGGAGUUCAAGGCUACUGGAAAAAUUAGUCUCAUUACUAAAAGAAACUUAGCGAACGAGGGAGGGAAGGAGGUACCGGAGGCCAGGAGGUACCCCUGGAUUGCAGAAGUGAUUGUAAAAUAGCAGACCUGCUUCUCCUCCUCCUCCUCCUCCUCCUCCUCCUCUUCUUCUUCUUUUUGACUAAGAGCUAGUUUCACAAUCUGUGGUCUGAUAUUCUGAGGCAAACCCUCAAAGCUUUAUUUUCUUCCUAAUCUUGCUGGUGAAAAAGAAGUUACUAGAAAGAAAGGAAGAAAAAAACCUGAUUUGGUGACUGCAGGAAGCAACACGUUGCUGAUUUUAUUCUACAGAUAAUGAUUUAUGAGGAAUCCAAGAUGAAUUUGGAGCAGGAGAGGCCGUUUGUCUGCAGUGCCCCAGGCUGUUCGCAGCGCUUCCCAACAGAGGACCAUCUGAUGAUUCAUAGGCACAAGCAUGAAAUGACUUUGAAGUUUCCCUCAAUAAAAACAGACAGUAUGUUAUCAGAUCAGACUCCGACCCCAACGAGAUUCCUGAAGAACUGUGAGGAGGUGGGGCUCUUCAAUGAGCUGGACUGCUCCCUUGAGCAUGAGUUCAGGAAGGCUCAGGAGGAGGAGAGCAGCAAGCGGAAUAUCUCGAUGCAUAACACAGUUGGUGGGGCCUUGGCGGGGCCCGGAGCUCACCAGCUUGGCAGCACCCGGAUGCCCAACCAUGACACCAGCGUUGUGAUUCAGCAAGCCAUGCCGUCGCCCCAGUCCAGCUCUGUCAUCACACAGGCACCUUCCACCAACCGCCAGAUCGGGCCUGUCCCAGGCUCUCUAUCUUCUCUGCUACAUCUCCACAACAGACAGAGACAGCCCAUGCCAGCCUCCAUGCCUGGGACCCUGCCCAACCCAACAAUGCCGGGAUCUUCUGCCGUCUCCAUGCCAAUGGAGAGACAAAUGUCAGUGAACUCCAACCUCCUGGGAAUGCAAGGUCCAAAUCUCAGCAACCCCUGUGCUUCUCCCCAAGUCCAGCCAAUGCAUUCAGAAGCCAAAAUGAGGUUGAAGGCCGCGUUGACUCACCACCCCGCUGCCAUGUCAAAUGGGAAUAUGAACACCAUGGGACACAUGAUGGAAAUGAUGGGCUCCCGGCAGGACCAGACGCCACACCAUCACAUGCACUCGCACCCACAUCAGCACCAGACGCUGCCAGCCCAUCACCCCUACCCGCACCAGCACCAGCACCCAGCCCACCAUCCUCACCCUCAACCCCAUCACCAGCAGAACCACCCACAUCAUCACUCCCACCUUCACGCACACCCUGCACAUCACCAGACCUCGCCACACCCACCCCUGCACUCCGGCAACCAAGCACAGGUUUCACCAGCGACACAACAGAUGCAGCCGACCCAGACAAUACAGCCGCCCCAGCCCACAGGGGGGCGCCGGCGAAGGGUGGUGGAUGAGGAUCCCGACGAGAGGCGGAGGAAAUUUCUGGAACGGAACCGGGCCGCUGCCACCCGCUGCAGACAGAAGAGGAAGGUCUGGGUGAUGUCACUGGAAAAGAAAGCAGAAGAACUCACCCAGACAAACAUGCAGCUUCAGAAUGAAGUGUCCAUGUUGAAAAAUGAGGUGGCCCAGCUGAAACAGUUGUUGUUAACACAUAAAGACUGUCCAAUAACAGCCAUGCAGAAAGAAUCACAAGGAUAUCUAAGUCCGGAGAGCAGUCCUCCCGCCAGCCCCGUCCCAGCUUGCUCUCAGCACCAGGUCAUCCAACAUAAUACCGUCACCACUUCCUCUGCAGUGAGCGAGGUGGUGGGAAGCUCCACCCUCAGUCAGCUCACCACUCACAGAACAGACCUGAAUCCCAUCCUUUAAAAUCCACCACUGGGUCAGACCUUGCCUCCAAGAAGAGCUGUCGCAUAUCAUGCGUCCUUUCCUUUAAGGGCAUUUUUAGAAUUAACUCAGACCUGGAAGACUCCUCAGCCCUUCAGAGACUGGCUUUCAUUUUUAUAGUUCUUAUGGAAAUGUCGUCUUUUAUACUUAGUCCUCUAAGAAAAAAGGGAGUUAUGCAAUUCAUUACUCUAUCAGCUUGGGAAAUGCUUUGGUGCUUUUCUCCAACUUUCUGGUACCAGUGAACUUGUUUAUAAACUGAACUCCUUCUGUAGAUAGACGUGGUUUCAUUCUUAUCGGUCCAACCCUUUGCCUGAAACAUUGCAUCUUGUUAAACCGCAGCUUUUAGCCAAAAUGAGGCACGCCCACAUGUCACGUAGACGGAUGCAAGGUAACCGGGUGGUGAGUCUGAUGAUGUCGUAACACAUGUUGAGUUUGUGCUGUGAUGUCGCCAGUAUUCCAGAUGAACACAGAGCCUUUUCCAUAUUUGUCUUCCUCUUAUUAUAAAAAAAAAAGGAUGAGAUCCACUGAUGUCCAAAUAAAACCACCAGGCAUCUCCCCACCUCUCCUCCUCCUCUUGGUCCACCUCCUUGAAUUGCCCUCCAAUUUUCUCCACUCUCCCUCUCCUUUUCCACCUUUUCCUGGGCCGCCUGUGUACUCUUCGUUUUUACUUUCUUCUGUUUUAUGUUUCCACCUUUAGCAUUGCAGGUAAAGAAGAAAACAAUGCCUAAAGGGAAAAAAACACACACAAGUAAAUCUAAAAAAAAUACGAAUCUAGCCAUUGCUUCCCUGGCCUGUGACCCACAGCUGGAGUUCAUUCAUCUCUUGCUUUUUAUAAAAUGGUAAGCAAGAGAGGUUUAAUGUGCCUGAUUUAAUGUUUUUAAUAAUCAGAACAAAUAAAAGGUGGCUUAGCCAUAGGUGAAACACUGUUGAAUGCCAGCUGUGGAGACACCAGGGAAGGGAGCCUAUAAGCCUUGAUUGUGAAGGUCCAAAUUGUGAUGUGGGCUGUAACAUCACACCCUCGAAUUACAACCGGCUUUAUAUGGCCUGUCUAUAAGGCUAAAAAUCCAUAGACUAUAUAAUAAUUCAGAAGGGCUCUAUUCACUACACAGAUUACAAUGGUCAAUCAUCAGCUGCUAAUAGACUAAGAUUUAUUAAUUAUUUUUUUCUCUUAAGCCUAUGGAACUGGCUUUGCUAUUCUGGUGGGUGAAAGUACACGCUCUACUGGAGGAACAGAGAGAGAAAGAAAACCUGAUGUUCCCGUAGGGGUGCUUUCAGCUCCCCCCCUCUCCCCCCGCCGCCCCCAGAACAGCCAAAGCCUUUUUUGGCUGCUGCAAGAAUCCCGUGGAUAUGGCUACUCUACUCUUCUGAAUAAUUCUGAUUUAUAUUUUCAACAACUUUCAUCAGCUUGCCCAUUAUAAAAACCAGAUAGUCCCGAACCACGGUUGUGCCUCCUUGAAACAAGCCAUUCUACUGUGCUAAUGUGUGCUAAUAUCACAUCUCACAAGUAACGGGCUAAUGUUUCUCUCUAGCAGUGUAGACAGGUGCUGGUGUUUCAUCUCCAUUUGAAUGCUUGACGUCCUAACAUGAGUGUGUGUGUGUGUGUGUGUGUGUGUGUGUGUGUUCAUGGGAUUUAAAUAAUAGUAUUUUACAAAAGGUGUCGCUUUUAUAAGAGUUCAAAAAAGGGAAAGAUACAUGUGUGGAUGUGGGUGUGUGUAUAUGUGUUUAUCUCUCCCUGUAGCAUAAGAAUCUAUUUUGGAGAAAAAAGAAAAUAUGAGAGUCGUGAAGCAUGAUUUUUAUAACUAGUUUCAGUUUUAUCUAAUAACCUACUUUUUAAAUCAGUAUUUAUCAACCUUUUUUUUUUCAUGUAUGCAGUGCUUUCAAAAGAAAGUUUUGAGUGUCCAGGGAAACUCAUGACUAGAUAUAUGGUCUAAAAAUCAAAACAGAAGCAAAAGCAAAACAAAAAAUAAACACACACACACACAC